CAGAUUAUUUCUGUAUUUGGGUGUUUUCUCACUUUGCAGCAUUUUAUUCUUAAUGCUGCACAUGUUUUCUUAAUUUGCUUAUGUUUUUUCUAUUUGCAUGUUUUCUUAAGUGGCAGUGCGUUGAGCUCUCAGGGCCACCGUAAUAAACAACCAGAGAUGUGCCAUCUCACUUUCAAUGCCUUCUCUCACUUUUCACACAUGCACACAGACACAUGCAAACACACAGUCCACCUGGUACAAUGUAUGUACGGAUGUGAUACCUGUGAGAAUGUCUCAGCGCACUCUGUUCCCACUGCAUCAGUGGAUGGAUCAGUAGUCUUUGGAGUGUGUGUCUGUGUGUGUGUGUGUGUGUGUGUGUGAAGGGAAAGGAGGAGGAGGGGGAUCUAGGACAGGUGCUUUAAGAGAACCCCUUUGACUCAUAGUCUCUUCACUAAUUAAGUUUAGGCUCUUUAUGUGCAUAUGUAUGUGUGUGUCUGCGUGUGUGUGUGCGUGUGUGUGUGUGUGUGUGUGUGUGUGUGUGUGUGUGCGGCUACUUGUCUAUCCAUGGGAAAGGUUUGGUUUUUCCACUCCCUCACUCUUUGAUUAUUGUUUUUUUUUUACCUGUCUAAAAGCACAUUCAGUCUACUCAAGUUUGAUCUAAGCUCUUUGAAGCUUCCAUUUGCUGGUAUUUUAAAAUAUCAAAAUUCAACAUUGACAUUUUGCCAUUUUCUUUCCAAAUGCUAUAGUUCCAAUAUGUGCAAGUGUUGUGUGUUUCUUCCUGAAUUUCAGCUGACUGACCUCUGAAACAGUUUAGAGCACCAUGGGACAACAGCAAUCUCCAAUGAAACUAAGGAGAGUAUUUGGAAUGAAAACAAUAAAACAUUUUUAUGUACUUGUCUGCAGCAAAAUUAAGUAUUACAGUUGAACCAAUUCAGGGUAAGAUAUACUGAUUACCCAUACCCAUCCUGUGCAAUCAGACAACUAUAUUCAUCAUAUCAGAGUGAGACAACUCUGACUGGACCAUGUCUGAUCAAUAAGUCAAAUAUAGAAACUAAAGGUAAUAUUUUAAAGGUAGAGUUUCCCAAUCAUAGUCUACUUUCUGUAUUUAUGUUGUGGUUACAUUUACUAUUGAUUCAACCACAUCAACUGCUUACAUGUAAGGCUUAUCUGCAGUUAAAAUGUUAAAAUGUUUUAACAAAAUAAUGUCAGCUAAAAAUGGAAAUGAAAGUAUAAGCACACACAGAGAUGGUCAGGUAGACACACACAACCUGCACGUCAAGUAUGAAAACACUUGUUUUUUUUAAUCCCUCAUCAUUGUACACCAUUGUUCCUUAUUCAGCAAUCAUGAAGAAUUAUUAAUCUGGUCUUUUCGUAUAAAGUAUACAUUUCUGAAGAAUAAUUUUAAUUAUUUGCUGCUAAAUUGUGGGAGAUUUACACUAGCUUACAGAUUGAUAUAAAACAGAGGUGGUUCAGUCUCUAUGUGCAAAAAUAAGUCUGCAUUUGCCAGCAGGGAAGAUGGUCUUUAGCCUGAGUGGGAGUCGCUGGCUGAAAUGAAAGAAGAGAGAAAAGUAUUUUAAGGAUGAUACUGGUGUUGGUGAGAUUGUUUUUUUCUAUUGUCGCACAGCGUUACAUUCAGUUGUCUCCCUGAUAUUGGGGAUUUGGUUUCUAUUCAUUUCAAACCUGCUCGGGUGAAAUGAGAUUUGUCAAAGUCCAUUUUGAUUUGCUUGGCUAUUUGUCACAAAGGCUUUCUUCAUCAGUGCUCAGUCUCAUUGGGUUUUGUUUAAUCAAACAACUGAUUUAAGAUUCACAUCUAUCAAGGUUGCAUACUGAAGGGAAGAUGGAAAAGAGUGACUCCCUGUCAUCGCCAUUCGGAUUUAUAUUUGGAUUUUAAUGCCUACAAAUGUGACACAUUUUUGCCACAAUUAAAAGACAUUUCUCUAAAGAUUCUUUCAAUAUGGAAAUGGGUCAAACUGAAGUCCAUAUACUAUCAAAAAAUGAAAAGAAUUUUCAACUUCUGGGCGUUUUAACACAAUUAACGUGUGCAUUUCUUUACCCUAUAACUGAGUGAAUGAAUAAAGUCAGCAACCUAAGUGAAAAAUGUUUGUUUAAAAUCCGUUUUGUGGAGAGAUUUUGUCAAAAGUACUAAGUGCAUCCAGUCCAAAUUUACACUUUAAGCGAGUCGAAUCGUGCCUGCCACCCACAAGCUAUUUUCCACCUGCUGCCCACCUACAUCAACAAUAGUGAAGCAGAGCCCAAGACAAACACAAACACAAACAGACACAACAGAGUGCACAUGGUGGCCACGCUCCUCAGAUUAACCUUUGUCCUCCCCGAUGAGACCUGUUGUCUUUACUUGGAGCACUCUGCGUUCAACACAAUAUGGACACCAAAGUGAAACAAUGCUAACCUUUUCUUCUACUCACUCAGGGAUAAUGCUACAUGAGUUUUUGGUUGUGGGCUAAUGGGGUAGGGCUAAAGCAGUGCUCCUGACCUCCAGGUGAAGCCGGGUCUAUCCAACAAAAAACAUCCAAUUUACACCUAAAAGCUGCUGUAAGGCAAUUCAAUCUCUGUGGUAAAAGAAGUGUGUUUUUCUAAGUCGAGUUUAGCAUGUGUAGUGAGGGUACACACAUGCAAAAGAAAGUAGAACAAUUGGUUUGAGACAAUUUGUGCUUCAUGCCAAAGCUUAUUAUCUAUUAUCACAUAAAACUAAACUGUUGUUUUAAUGAGUGCUCACUACACUGCACACUUUCCCGUCACAACUACAACACAGCCCUGUAAUCAGGAAGAGGGACAGAGAGAUAGCAAGAGGGGGGAGAGGAGAGGUGGAGAUCGGGUUUCUCAGCCGCUCUGUACCCUAAUCCUGGAUUUGAAAACGGGAUGAGGAGAACGCAGGUAAGGACAAACACAAGUAAUAACAGCACUGACAUGGAUUUGGUAGGUGGGGGUGAGCAGCUUGAUGGGAUAUAGGUGGCCUCAUAGGUCGAGAGAGGGGUGGUUAGUUUUAGAUGGGUGGGAUAUAAAUACCUGCAGUAGACAAGGGAGGCAAAUUGCUGAGGGUAUGAAAGACACUGGCUUACCUGCAUCUAUAAUAGAGAAAAAGAGACAGUGACAUACAUUGCAGAGCCCCCAAUGAGAGAAAGCUCAGUAGCUGAGAAACACCUUUGAACAGAUAUACCAGUGGUAGUAACUUGAACCUGAAGCUCAUCACUAUUCAUCUUCGUCUUGGCUGAUGGUGCAGGAGUGCUUAAAACUGUGAGAGUUCUGGCUGAAGUGCUGACAUUCUUUUCUCUUUGAGAAAAAAGGUAACCUAUAACAGUUUUCUACCUGCAUAUUCCCAAGUGACUGAAGUGAGAACUAUGCUUGACUGAGCCAGGGAGAAAACGACAAGAAGACGAUACCGGAGGUGAAAGAAGACAAGACGCAGUAAGAAAAAAGGCAAGGCAGAACAAGAGAAGGCCAAAGAAGACGAGACAGAGACAAAAGGCAAGGCAGAGUAAGACAAGACUAUACAAGACACAAGAAAGGAAGGCAAGGAAACAGAUUUCAAGAGGACAAGACAAAAAAACACACAGGACAAGGGAAUCAACAAUGGGAGACAAAACCAAAUAAAGCAAGAGAGGACAAAGCAAAGAAAAGAAACCAGUUAAGGGAUCACGUCAACCUUCAGUGUACUAUUGGGACCAUUCGAGAGGGGCCAGAGAAGAAUGGCAUGCCAGGCAUUUAGUGCCGACUCUUUCACCCCACUUGCUGGAGACUCACCCUUGCCAAUCCUCAUGCACCACGCCUCUGCCAGUGACUGCCUGCCAACCACCUCCCAUGCUCACAGCAUGGUUUCUGCAGUAUCAUCUGGGCUGUCACUGGGUCAGUCCUCCAAGCGCCCCCACAUGCACCUGUCCACCUCUUCCCUCGGCAACCCUCUUGGCAACGGACCCCCGAGCCUACAUUACCCAGUCACCCCCUGUCACUACAGCAACCAGCAGACCACAUAUGGCAUGAUGGCAGCUCAGGAGAUGCUCUCUGCCAGUAUUUCUCAGACUCGUAUCCUGCAGACAUGUGGGGUCCCUCACCCAAACAUGGUGAGCAGUGCAAACCCAUUGCAAGGGUCUCUUACUCCUUGCUUGUACAAGUUUCCGGAUCAUGGUCUAAGCAGUGGUUCCUGUGCAUUAAGCCAUGGUUUCUCCUCACUGCCGUCGGCCUUCCUCUCAACUGAUGAGGCCCCUGGGGGCCCCAGUGUUUUAGAGAUAAAAAGUGAUGCCCAAAGGAAGAACAUGCGGGACUCAGAAGAUGCCCCCGCCAUGGACUCCCCACAGAUACGAGAGCUGGAGAUGUUUGCCAACGACUUCAAAAUACGGAGGAUCAAACUUGGCUACACACAGACUAACGUAGGCGAGGCUCUUGCUGCAGUACACGGCUCAGAGUUCAGCCAGACCACCAUCUGCCGCUUUGAAAAUCUGCAGCUGAGCUUCAAGAAUGCCUGCAAACUCAAGGCCAUUCUAGCUAAAUGGCUUGACGAAGCUGAGCUGGCUGGAGCCUUAUACAAUGAUAAAAUAGGAAUGAAUGAGCGGAAGAGGAAAAGGAGAACAACUAUCAGCCUGGGAGCUAAGGAGGCUCUGGAGCGCAGCUUUGUGGAAAAAAGUAAGCCGUCAUCCCAGGAAAUAGCCCGGAUAGCCAAAGGCCUCCAUCUGGAGAAGGAGGUGGUCAGAGUCUGGUUCUGCAACAGACGCCAAAGAGAGAAACGGGUGAAAACCAGCCUCAACCUCAGCUCCUGUUUGACCAAAAUUAGUCCAAACUGCAUCGCACAGAUGAGUAAAACACAAAGAGCGAUGACGUAAUUUAUGGUUCAGCCAAAGAGUUGCAGUUCACAUCUAGUCAGAUGGAGGUUAGUGAAAAUGUGUGCCAUUUUUGUUUUGUUUUUCUUAUUUACUUGAAUAGAAAUGUUUCUUUACAGUAUUUGAAUCGGCCAGUAAUUUUUCUCUCUUGAAGUUGAAACUGUGAAGGUAAAAGGUUUUCAUUAACCACAUACUAUGUGCUGGUUUGACGCUGCAGCUACCAGACUUAACAUUUAAAUGUACUGAAUCUUAGCUGUGCCUUGUUUGCUGAAAGUAUAUUAAUUACACAGAGACCAAAUAUAAUGUACUCCAUCAGCACCAGAAUGCAGAUGAGUACUCAUAUACAGACAAGCCCUGUGCUUUUCUAAAAACAGAUGUUAGUAAUACUGUCCUUCACUUUGUUCUUGUUUGUGUUGUAGUUGAAUUUGUUUGUGUAUUUGUGAUUCAAACUGAUGCCUCUGUGUCCUCUCAUUAAUUACCUGUCCUAUAAAAAAUGUUUGUUUUAUUCAACUUAUAUAGCCGUGGUCAAAACAGUAAUAUAUUUAAAGUUUCACACAAACAACCUAUUUAUUUGAGACCUAAUAUAUUGUGUUGAUCUACUUUGCUGUAUGCAAACUCUUUGAUUUAUGGUUUGAAGUCAGAGAUAUGUAAAACUUUUUGACAUUUUUGUCAACAAAUGGAUCUGAGGUCUGCUGUUUCUCUGUUGUAAGACAGAUUUGAUUUUUCAAAUUUGUUGAUGUUAUGCUUUUGUUGUUGCUGCCUUGACAAAAUGUCACGCAAAAAAAGAGGAACAUCAGCCAGUCACGAAUCUGACCUCGUUGGGAUGACUGAUGUGAAAUGUCUAAAGUGAAGAAACAAGCCAACACACCACAACUUACCUCUCAGACAAAAUCUUUAUAUUCAACGUACAUCAGGUACUAUUAAUUGGUGCCUGGAAGAGAUGGAAAUUAGAAUGCCACAUUAAUAUAGUGUAGAAAAUGAUAGGCCGUGUAAGAAUGUAUUGUAGGCAGAUAAGAAGUGCCUUCAUUCAACUUGACAGAAAAUAUCCAGUAAAUAUGCCAAAGACAUAGCUGGUUAGUACAAAAAUUUGCACUUGUACUGAGAAACUGUCUUGCAGUUCCCAGGCACUGGAAGGUAAAUCAGUUUAAUUCAUUUCUGACAAUAAAGGAGAGCUGGGUAUCAUGAAGAGAUGCAUGUACCAUCGCUCAUUUUUACUAAUGUCGUAAUAUUACCCUAUGAAUACAUACAUUAGGAGAGAGAGACUGGUCACGUGUACAGCAUUGAACUGUACAAUUCAUGGGUGUGUCGCUGCAGAUUCAUAAAUAAACAUCUUAAUUCAGAGACAAGCAGUUUGCACUGUGAUUCAUGUACAGCUGUCUAACUGGAGUGUUGUCAGGGGAAAUAAAUGCAGCGGGGUCAUCGACUGCUGACACAUUUCUGAGGCUGUACGGUGGAAAGUUAUUGCCGCCGUAUACUGAAUAGGACAAAGCUACUAAGAAGCUUCUUAGUGCUGGUGUCACAGAUGCCUAAAGCCUUAAUACGACUGCUCUUCAAGAUACACCUCUUUAAAAUGACUCUUGGUAUUUUUCUUCACUGUUUAUGUAUUCAGAGAACAUUGUGGCCAUACAACUUAAUUGUUUAACUUUAACAAGAUGCCAAUUAGUUUUCCAUACAUCUGAAUGCAUAAAUGUGAUACGUUACUAAACAAAUCUGCUUAAGUAAAUGCAAAGUGCUCUUCUGAGUCAGUUUGUAUUCUGGUGUCUUGUGCUUCAAGGAUCAUACUGGUGAUUUUGCAUGUUUUCUGCUAUUCAAAUACUACAAAUCACAUAUCAGUUAAUGCUUUUACAGCGACCAUGCUGUGUUUUUUUCCUACCAUUCCACUCAUCUACUGACUUCAAUGUAUUUCUGUAUGAUAUAAAAAUCUAUUAGCA